UAGUAACGUCAACGUGCAAGCAUGCUUGUAGUUUUAGCGGGAAAUUUCUAUAUUUCAUAAAACAUUUAAUAAUAUUUCAUUUGUUAAUAAUCUGUUGAAGGAUGGUUUAUACUUGUUGUGUUCCUAACUGCAGAGGAAACUAUCCAAACACUGAAAAAGUACAGAUGUUUUCUAUACCCAAAUCGGAUUCUUUGCGCAGCAAAUGGCUCCGUGCAAUUCACCGGCAGAAUUUCAUCCCAUCAAAUCAUUCUAAGGUUUGUGAGAAACAUUUUGUCGAAUCAGAUAUUGAAAGAACAGUCGAACAUUUUGAUGAGAAAAAAGGAACUUCAAUAAAAAUUAAUUUAAUUCGUCCAAGGCUUCGAAAGGAUGCUGUACCUUCACAGCUGCCUGUGUCCAGCUGUGAAAAUAUUUAUCAGGCUGUCCAAAAUAUUUAUCAG